CGAAACAAUAGAAUACCUGCUAAAAUAACCAGAAAACCUGCUUCACCCGAAAAUUGCUAAUCAUUGAACGUUCCAGUAUUGUUUUCUGCAAAUUCUGAAAACUAGCCAAGGUGGCCAUUUACUUUUUUCUUUUCCGGUUAAAAUUCCGGCAUGGGAUUGCCGACAGACGACGCCGUAGUGAUUCAGAAAGGGAAGAAGCCUGGUGAACCUGAGUAUGUAAUUACAGUGAAUUGUCCGGAUAAAACCGGCCUCGGCUGUGAUAUUUGCAAUACUAUUCUCGAUUUUGGUCUCUACAUUAUCAAAGGAGAUGUUUCAACAGAUGGGAUAUGGUGCUAUGUGAUAUUAUGGGUGGUUCCUCAUGCUUCCUCACCUAUGGUAAGGUGGGCGAAUUUGAAGGAGCGCCUUCUAUCAGUAUGCCCGUCAUGUUCUGUUUCAUUCUAUUUGAACCAACCAUCUCCGCCUGCCACUUCUUCUCCUGCAUACCUGCUGACAUUUUGCAGCCGCGACCGAAGAGGAUUAUUGCAUGAUGUUACCCAAGUUCUCUGUGAGCUUGAGCUUACCAUCCAAAGGGUAAAGGUGACAACAACUCCAGAUGGUCGUGUGCUGGACCUUUUCUUCAUAACAGACAACUUGGAGCUCUUACACACAAAAGAGAGGCAAGAUGAGAUGUACAAGCAGUUGCAUGCUGUUCUGGGCCAAUCAUUUAGUUGUGAGCUUCAGUUAGCAGGCCCACAGUAUGACAACGUGCAAUGUGUCUCUUCUCUUUCUCCAUCAGUUGCUGAGGAACUAUUUAGGUGUGAACUAUCAGAUAAUGAAUUUCACACACAGGCUCUUAGCCCAGAUAUGAUUAAUUUGAAGAGGGCUAGUGUGACAAUAGAUAAUUCGAUGAGCCCCGCGCAUACAUUACUUCAGAUUGGUUGUGUUGAUCACAAGGGUUUUCUUUAUGACAUUAUGCGCACAUUGAAAGACUGCAAUAUUCUGAUUGCUUAUGGUCGAUUUUCACCAGUUAAUAAGGGUCAGAGGGAAUUAGACCUUUUUAUUCGGCAGAAGGAUGGGAAAAAGAUUGUGGAUCCAGAUAAACAAGAUGUUCUUUGUUCCCGCUUAAAACUGGAAAUGCUUCAUCCUCUACGUGUAAUCAUCACAAAUCGUGGGCCAGAUACUGAACUUUUGGUUGCUAAUCCUGUGGAGCUAUCUGGAAAGGGCAGACCAAGUGUCUUCUAUGACGUUACACUGGCAAUGAAGACCCUAGGGAUCUGCAUCUUCUCGGCGGAAAUUGGAAGGCAUUGUACAAGUGAUCACGUGUGGGAGGUUUACAGAUUCCUUCUAGAAGAAAAUUAUAGAUUUGACAUGUCAUGUAUGGUUGGUAGAAAUCGGAUUGUAUACAAAGUCAGAAGAACGUUGAUGGGUUGGUGAGCUCAAUCACCAACUCUCUUAUGGUCUUGCUCUGGAAGAAUGUCUUAUGAGUGGUGAGCUUAUCCUUCAUCUUAUUGUGCUGCUCACCUUUUUAGGCAUUUUGUAUCUAAAAUUGUGUGUCAAGCAUCGAUGAUCCCUUUGUACAGUUCAUUCGUAAAUUAUUGCCACAUUUAGUUGAGCUUGUCUUUACAGUAUGUGUUAGUUAAAUCUACUUAAAGAAACUUAAACUCUUC